CAUUUAGUAUUUGAUAAGGAGACAUGAAAGUCGCAAAAUUACCGACGAUAUUAGUUAUCGUUCAAGUUUUGUUCAUCGUCUUUUUCGCAAUAUUUGCAGAUUAUGCACCGAGUGCUAAUGCCAAAUAUCCAGAAAAUUCAAAAGAUGCUGAUAAAGGAGGAGCUGAUCCUAGCAAGAAUAAAUUGCAUAGCCUUUACGAUAUGUUCCAGCACGUUCACGUAAUGAUUUUUAUCGGUUUCGGUUUUUUAAUGACUUUCUUAAGAAGAUAUGGUUUUAGUUCGGUUGGUUUUAAUAUGCUAAUUGCAGCAUUUGUAAUACAAUGGCACAUGAUAACUCACGGUUUAUUACAUAUGGCUACUGAACAUUCGUCAAGUUUUAAAAUAGACAUUGAAUCAUUAUUAACAGCUGAUUUUGCUGCUGCUGCCGUACUUAUUUCUUUUGGUGCUGUUUUGGGCAAAACUAGUCCUUUGCAGUUGAUCGUUAUGGCUUUUAUUGAAAUUAUAGUAUUCGUUUGUAAUGAAUAUAUAGGUUUAUACUUUUUCAAGGCCUCUGAUGUUGGAGGUUCAAUGUUUGUUCAUAUAUUUGGAGCAUAUUUUGGUAUUGCUGCAGCUAGAAUCUUGUAUAAUUCUAAAGUAGAAGACAGUAAGAAGGAGGGUUCCAAUUACCAUUCUGAUUUAUUUGCAAUGAUUGGUACAAUUUUCCUUUGGUUAUAUUGGCCAAGCUUUAAUAGUGCCCUAGCUCCUGGAGAUGACCAACAUCGUGCAGUUAUAAAUACGUACCUCGCACUUGCUUCUUGCGUUAUUGUUGCGUUUGCGAUUAGUUCAAAUUCAAAGGAAGCUAAAUUCGAUAUGGUUCAUGUUCAAAAUGCUACUCUAGCCGGUGGUGUUGCUGUUGGAACUAGUGCUAAUUUUAUGAUAGGACCUUGGGGAGCUCUCCUUAUAGGAUCUGUCGCCGGUGCUAUUUCCGUUGUUGGCUAUAAAUAUAUAACGCCUUAUUUGGCACGUAGGUGGAAAGCACAUGACACAUGUGGCGUUAACAAUCUUCAUGGAAUGCCUGGAAUAUUAGCUGGUUUAUUUGGAGCCAUUUUUGCCUCAUUUGCUUCAGUUGACAGAUACGGCAAUGGCCUGUACGAAAUUUUCCCUGCAAGAGCUCCAAUGGAAAAUUCAACAAAGCUUUUAGAAAUUCAGGCUAAUUUCACUAUUUCUGCCGGUGAUGAUAGAAGCGCUGUUCAACAAGGAGGAUAUCAAUUUUUAGCAAUGGCAGUUACAUUAAUUGUAGCUUUAGUUGCCGGUGCAAUAACAGGUUUUAUUAUGAAGAUGUCGCCACUUGAUCCAGUUAAAGAACGACACCUUUUCGAUGACGGUCACUAUUGGGAAACUCCUUCUGAUUUUGAUGAAGCAGUACAAUUCUGCAAUGGAACUGACAACUGUGAAACAGUGAAUUUAAAAUCAUUUGAUGAUGAAAAGAAUGCGGAGGACCCUGAUAAUUAGAGCGUUGUAUUCAGGAAGGAAGAAGAUAGGCCUAUCUUUAUUAGAAAAGUCUUGCAUGUAGUUUAUAAUAUUAUCUUUAACGUUCUGUUUUUUUAUAAGUAGAAUUUUUACAGAAUCUUGAAACAAUAAAGAGAACAUUUAUUUAGUUAGUUUUAAAUCAAUUUUUAGUUUAUGCUUUGAUAUAGAAAAUUAUUUUUGCUAUUCAAUUUUAACACAUUUCAACGCAAAGUGCUAUUCCCAUUCCACCACCUAUGCAUAAUGCACAGACACCUUUACGGAGGCCCCUAGAUUUAAGAGCGUAUAAUAAAGUUACCAAAACUCUAGAUCCAGAUGCUCCAAUAGGAUGUCCAAGAGCAAUAGCACCCCCAUUAACAUUAACUUUGUUGAUAUCAAUACCUAAUUCACGAAUAACACAAAUUGAUUGGGCAGCGAAAGCUUCGUUUAGUUCGUAUAAGUCAACUUCAUCUUUCGUCCAAUUUGCUUUUGCUAGAGCUUGGGUUACAGCUGAGAUAGGUCCAAUACCCAUUAUGGCAGGAUCAACACCAGUCUGACCCCAAGAAACAAUUUUUGCUAAACCCUUGAUAUUCCUCUUUCCUGCCUCUUCAGCGUUCAUUAGAAGAACAGCGGCUGAACCAUCAUUUAUUCCAGAAGAAUUUCCAGCAGUUACAGUUCCAGUUGGUUUAAAAGCUGGGCGUAGUUUUUCGAAUCCUUCUAUCGUGCAACCGGAUCUUGGGAAUUCAUCUUUGUCAACAACGAUUGUUUCUUUACGAGUUUUAAUAUGCACGGGAACUAUCUCUGCGUCAAAUGCUCCAGAUUUUUGAGCUGUUUCGCACUUUAAUUGAGAUUGAAGAGCAAAUUCGUCUUGUUCUUUUCUAGAGAUGGACCACCUUUCCGCGAUAUUUUCUGCUGUUAUGCCCAUAGGCAUUUUGCCGAAUGCAUCAACUAGACCGUCAUUUAGAGCAGAGUCCACCAUCUUCGUAUCUCCCAUUUUAUGAGGGCUUCUUAAGUGGAUAAGGUGAGGUGCUUGGCUCAUACUUUCUUGACCACCUGCUACAACAAUUGCAGAAUUGCCACACAUGAUACUUUGAGCACCGAGUGCUACAGCUUUCAAUCCUCCACCACAGACCAUGUUCACGCUCCAUGCCGGAACAGAGUGUGGUACACCAGCGUUAACAGAUGCCUGGCGGGCUGGAUUUUGACCUUCACCAGCAGUUAGUACAUGAGCCAUAAUAACUUCAUGAACAUCAGCUGGCACUAAUCCGCUCCUUUUAAUGCAUUCUAGAAUUGAUAUUGUUCCAAGUUGACUGCCAGUAAAGGAACUUAGAGAUCCGUUGAACGACCCUAUAGGUGUCCUUGCAGCAGAAACGAUCAGGACAGACAUAGUGUUCCAGUGAGACUGCGAAAAUGUGUUGAAAGUUAAUUGAUUGAUAGACAGAUCAGAUUUUAUUGGUAUUCAUAUUCAAGGGUUUCUCAUAUAUAAAGUAAGCUUUCACCGGCUUAUUGAAUUAUUAGAUAAAGAAUUGUCUAGGUAAUUUUUUAUUUUUAUAUCUAGAGAUAAAGUUUGUAUUCAUCAUUUUAAUCUAAACCUUAUCAGUUCAGAAAAACCCAAGAAGAUUCACUCUUGCCGCAUAUCAUCUGGCGCGAUUAGUGGAACAAAGCAUUCACCGGCCAUGUUCAAUAGAAAUAUUACACAAUAUUUCCAGUUAUUUUGUAACAUUUUACUUAUUUCAAUUCUAAGACCAAAUAGUAAAGCGUUAUUACCUUAAUUAAAACUUCUCGGGUAUUAAAAUUGUCUAAUACUUUAUUUUCGAUUUUGGUUGCCGACUUGAAUGCGCAUGCGUACGAUCACGCCAUCUUCCGUUUUAAAUAACCUGUUACACAUUAGGCCUAACACUCUAUUCUAUUAUAGAAAAAAAGAUGGGAUAAGAGGAGAUAUAAAAAGAUGAAAUCAAGAGAUUCAAUAAUUUAACAAAAACUGACUUAAAUGUUAAAAUAUUUUUAAUUUAAAAAAAA